AUGAAGAGAUCCCCUCCUCCUCCUCCUCCUCAGCCAUCUCCUUCUUCUUCGCCGGCAUGCUCGCUGUCGCCGUCGCCGUCGUCUCCUUCCUCCUCCGACUCGUCCUCGAUCGCCAUUCCCCGCAAGCGGGCGCGGACGCAGAAGGCCGGGAGCGCCAAGGCCAAGGCGGCGCCCAAGCGGGCCAAGAAAGACGCGAGCAGGAGCAGCAAGGAGUCUGACGCCUCCGCCAAUGGCGCCGCCGCGGCAGGGAAGAGGAGCUCCAUCUACAGAGGGGUCACAAGGCACAGGUGGACGGGCAGAUUCGAGGCACACCUCUGGGACAAGAACUGCUUCACUUCCAUCCAGAACAAGAAGAAAGGGAGGCAAGGGGCUUAUGAUACAGAGGAGGCAGCUGCUCGUGCUUACGAUCUUGCAGCUCUCAAAUAUUGGGGCCCUGAAACCACACUGAAUUUCACUGUGGAUGAGUACGCGAAAGAGAGGUCGGAGAUGGAGGGGGUGUCACGGGAGGAGUACCUCGCCGCCCUCCGCCGCCGGAGCAGCGGCUUCUCAAGGGGGGUCUCCAAGUACAGGGGCGUCGCCAGCUUCGUGUGUCGAAAAAAGUCCAACCUGGCCGACAGCAGGCCGCCGGUUUGGAAAUUCGACUGGAAUUCACAGAAACGGCUCAACAAUAUGCACCACCACAAUGGGCGGUGGGAGGCGCGAAUUGGGCGGGUGCUGGGGAACAAGUACCUAUACCUGGGAACCUUUGAUACCCAAGAGGAAGCAGCCAGGGCCUAUGAUCUUGCGGCCAUCGAAUACCGAGGCGCCAACGCCGUAACCAACUUCGACAUUAGCCGCUACCUGGACCAGCCACAGUUACUGACACAACUGGAGCAGGGGCCACAGGUGGUGCCAGCAUUGCAAGAGGAGCUUCAACAUGAUCACCAAAGUGACAAUGCAGUCCAAGAGCUCAACUCAGGUGAAGCGCAGAAACCAGGUAGCGUCAACGAGCCCAUUGCAGUGGAUGACACAGACAACACCGGAGACAUGGGUGCCCCCCUUGUGUUUGACAGCGGCGUCGAGGAGAACCUGUGGAGCCCUUGCUAUGAAUUGGAGAACUUCUUUGGGCCCAACAACAGCAACUCGAUGAAUCUGAGCGAGUACUUCAACGUAAACGAUGCCACCUUUGAGAGCAACAUCGGGUACCUGUUCGAAGGAUGUCCCGACAUCGACGACUGCAGCACCAGGCAUGGCACAGGCCUGGCGGCGCUCAGUUUUCUCAAGGAAGGUGACGAUAAUAUGAAGGAUGUUCCAGACAUGGAUGCAGAAUUAACUCCUCAAGCAAACGAUGUCUCCUGCCCUCCAAAAAUGAUCACUGUGUGUAAUUGA